AUGAGUACAAAUGUUAGAAGUAGGAAAUCUACUACUACUACUUCAAAAGAUAGUAAUAGUGGAGGAUCAACAAACAAAACAACAAAUAUAAAGAAACCAAGCACUUUAUUAGAUCUUCUCGAUGGUAGUAGUGAAAUAGCUAUCUAUUUCCUAAUGUUUAUCUAUGUAUAUAUAUGUCCCUAUACAAAAGUAGAGGAAAGUUUCAAUCUACAGGCAAUGCAUGAUAUUCUAAUUCAUAGAUUCAAUAUAAAUAAUUAUGAUCAUUUAGAAUUCCCAGGUGUCAUACCACGUACUUUUAUUGGUGCAUUGUUUGUUUCUGUAUUAUCAAGUCCAUUUCAGUAUGUUGUAGAGUAUUUUGGUGGAUCGAAGCUUUGUAUGCUCUAUGUGGUGAGAGCGGUGCUUGGUUUCAUUGGUGUCACCGCUCUCAUCAGAUUGAAACGAUCGAUCGCCAGAAAGUUUGGUUUGGAAGUAGCUGUUUGCUUUGCGCUGGUGGUCAUCUCCCAAUUUCAUUUGUUAUUCUACAUCAGUAGACCACUUCCAAAUGUAUUUGCUUUAUCGCUGGUUGUGCUUGCCUAUGCCUAUUGGUUGGACAACCGAUCGACGGUAUCGAUCUCACUUCUCACCGUUGCAAUCUUUAUCUUUCGUAGUGAAGUCUUAAUAUUGGCUGGACCCGUUACCUUGUCAAUGUUGAUUGGCAAACGACUAAAGUUCACCAAUCUCCUGGUGGUCGGUGUCGUCACUGCGCUGCUCUCGGUUGGCGUCAGUGUGUUGAUAGACUCUUACUUUUGGCAGAGAACGAUCUAUCCUGAGAUGGAAGUACUGCUAUUCAACACCGUUGAGAAUCGUAGUCAUGAAUGGGGAGUAUCUCCUUUCCACUGGUACUUCUCGAGUGCGUUGCCACGCGCACUUCUUCUCUGGCUACCUCUGGCAUUCCUCUCGAUGCUAGUCGAUCGAAGAGCUCUCGAAUAUCUCCUCCCGAUCUUACUAUUUGUAUUCCUCUAUUCAUUCCUCCCACACAAAGAGCUUAGAUUCAUUUUCUACGCACUCCCAAUAUUCUCACUUGGCUCAGCCAUUACAAUUGCAAGAAUUUUCAAACAGUUUAAUAAGAGUUUUAUUUAUAAAUUGGUUUCCAUUGGUAUGAUUGGUAUUUUCGGUGCGAACUUGGUGUUGUCAUCGUUCUUCUUCCAUGCAUCCUCACUAAACUAUCCGGGUGGUGAAGCAUUCAACCAGCUACACCAGCUGCACUCUGAGUGUUUAGAACAACCUUUGAAUGUACAUAUAGAUAAUAUUGCAGCUAUAACAGGUGUUUCAAGAUUUGGUGAGAUCUCCCAAAAUUGGAAUUAUUCAAAGAAAGAAAGAGAUGUAUUAUUAUCAGAUUAUGAUUUAUUAUUAGCCCCGAACGCAACGAGUGGAUUCGAUGUUGCCGGUAGUAUCAGUGGAUUUACAAGAUUCCAACUGCUUAGAACACCACCAUUUAUACAGGUCGUUAAAGAACCACAAAUUUACAUAAUGACAUCGAAACAAUUGCCUUUGAAAUGUCCAAAAUUAAAUUCAAAGUACCACAUUACUCAUGAUCCAUGUGGGUUUGUUAAAGCAAUUGCUUUUUGUAGGGGGCAUAAGUGCAUCAAAUUGUUAAUUGUUUUCAAGUGUAUGAAUAUAAAAUUAUGUUUUUUAUUCGUAGUGAUAUCGACAUUUUCACUAUUAGGAAAUUCAGAAAUCUUUAAAGGUGCUAUACUAUCUAGUGAUAGUUGGUACCUUAUUGAUAAAUUUUGUUUCACUGAAGACGAUGCAACUGUAAAUGUAAAAGUAGAUUUCAGAAAUAAUCCAAAUGCAACACUACUUUUAUAUUCAGAUUUAGAUACAGUUUGGGGAAAGAUUUCAACAGGUGAUUUAACAUGUCAUGAACGUGUUAUGGCAGCAUCUUCACAAGUUAAUUCUGUAUCUGGAUUGAAUGGAAAGACAGUGAGUGUAGAUCAACGUCGUGCUAGAUGGUGGUAUUUCGCAAUUGCCAAUUGUGACCAAAACACCGGAUCUCACUACCAAAUCGAUAUUCCAUACUAUGAGAUCAGAGCAAACAACGAUGGUGAUUCCUUCAACUCUUUAAUCUCUGCCGACCAACAAGGAAUUCCACAAUCGGAAAUCGCUUUCAUCCUCUUCUUCCUCGCACUUUUAAUUUUCUCCAUUGUCAGUAUCGUCUUUUUAUGGCACCGUAACCUCGAAUCCAAAGUCAUGAAACUAUUCUCCAUCGUUUUAUUCUUUAAGAUCUUAGCUCUGUUUGUUUGCUUAAUUUACUGGGCAAUGUUCUUACGUUAUGAAUCCGGACAUAAGGAUAUCAAUUUAGCCGGUACCUCGCUCGAUUUGAUUGCUCGUGCUCUUUUCAUCUUGUUACUCUUGCUCGUUGGACAAGGAUGGACCAUCUCGCCAUUCUAUGGUAAUGUCGUUAGUCGUGUCAUCAACGUAAUCAUGUUUGUCGUUAUCCUUGUGAUGUCAGUUGCCAUCUACCUCGUUCCAAACGUUACUUUCAUGCCAAGUAAGAUGUACACAUUCUUCUACGACACCAUUCCAGGUUAUAUCUUAUUGGCAUUCUUCCUCACCAUUAUGAUCUGGUUCAUCGUACUCUGUCGUAACUCCUACGUCAAGCAAGUCGAUAUCGUCAAGAAGAAGUUCUUCCUCUACUUUGGAUUAAUCUUCACCUUCUGGUUCUUGAUGAUGCCAGUCUCAGUGUUGGUAUCGCACUUCCUCGAGUCAUGGGUUCGUCAAAAGACCGUGGUCAUCUUCAACUUGGUAGUCGACUCCAUCUUCUACAGUAUCAUUGCAUUCUUGUUCCGUGCAUCCAAGUCCAACCCAUACGUCCACAUUCUAAACAUGGACCAAAAAGAAAAAGGUGUACGUCUACAAGAGAACGGAGCUGGUGGUGAAUUACAACAAGCUUAA